AUGGCGCUGAGAAGAGCCUACUCCAUCAAGGACAAACUUCAGGCCAUCGAGAGGGUGAAGAAGGGCGAGAGGCAAGCGUCUGUGUGUCGGGCUUUUGGGGUACCGGGGGGUACGUUGAGGGGCUGGUUGAAGGAUGAAGCCAAGCUGCGGUGGUUCCUGGAGCAGCUUGGGGGUGAGGUGGGCACCCAGCGUAAGAAGAUGCGUUUGGCCAACGAGGAGGAGAUUGACCGAGCUGUCUACGCCUGGUUCCUGGCUCUACGUCAGCAUGGAAUCCCCCUCUCCGGGCCCCUCAUCCAAGCCCAGGCUGAGGCCUUUGCACGGCAGAUCUACGGCCCCGAGUGCACCUUCAAGGCCAGCCACGGCUGGUUCUGGCGUUGGCAGAAGCGCCAUGGCAUCUCCAGCCAGCGUAUCUACGGUGAGGGUGGUCUCCCCUCCGAGCCCGAGCGGGCUCCUGCGGCUGGUUCUGACACCCUGCUGUCUGUGCCCGCUGCCGACGCCGGAGGCUACAGUGAUGAGCAGAUCUACAACGCCAACAUCACUGGGCUCUACUGGAAGCUCCUGCCGGGACAGGCCGGUGGGGCGAUGGCAGCAGCACGACGGCGACCAGCUGUCCGUGAGCGGGUCACCGUGCUGCUGGCCGCCAACUUGACUGGCUCCCACAAACUCAAACCACUGGUGGUUGGGUGUCUUCAUGAUCCCCCCAGCCUCCGCCAUCACAACCAGGACAAGUUCCCUGCCUGCUACCGCUACAGCCCCGAAGCCAGGCUGGGACCAGCUCUUCUCCGGGCUUGGUUCUUUGAGGACUUUGUGCCAGGUGUCAAACGGUACCUGCGUCGGAGCUGCCUGCAGCAGAAGGCCGUGCUGCUGCUCAGCUCCCCACCCCCCCACUCUGGGACAGGCCCUGAGGACUCCCUGCCGCUGCAGACACCUGAUGGCUCCAUCCGUGCCCUCUUCCUCUCCAGGGGACCUGCUGGGAGUGGCUCAGCCGGAGGAGGAGGCCGAAUCCCAGCCCCACUGGAACAGGGGGUGGUGUCCACCUUCAAGCAGCUCUACAAGAGGGAAUUGCUGCGCUUGGCUGUCUCUUGCGCAGCUGGUGGUGGUGGUGGCUCGGGUGGCCCCAUGGACUUUGUGAGGUCCUUCCUUCUCAAGGACAUGUUGUACCUGACUGGCCUCUCCUGGGACCUUAUCCCACCUGGUUCCAUCGAGAAGUGCUGGCUCUUGGGGUUGCGUGCUGCCUUUGAUCCCCAGCCUGGGGAGGAAGAGCAUGGAGACCCCCAACAUGGGGAGGAAGGUGGUGGGGACAGCAAGGUCUUUAGUGACCUGACCCACUUGGCCGCAUUGGCCUACAAGCGCUUGGCCCCUGAGGAGGUGGCCAGCUGGUUGCACUUGGACGAUGCAGCCCCAGGUACGGAGGAGGACGAUGGGAAAGAGGACACUGAGGAGGAAGGCCUUGGGGUCUGCAAAACAGAGGAGGAGGAGGAGGAGGAGGCAGCAGCUGGAGAUGGGGGUGACAGAAGGGGUGGGGAAGGAGGAGAUGCUUUGCUACCCACGGCUCGGGAAGCCAUCAAAGGUCUGGAGACAGCGUUGCGGUGGUUGGAGGGUCAAGACCCCAGGCAAGUGGGGCCACUGAAGCUGGUGCAGCUCCGCUCCCUCAUCAGCAUGGCCCAGCGGUUGCACCAUGCCCGGCUGCUAGUCCUUGGCCACAUCGCAGGCGCGGUUGGUGGCUGCCUCCACGGCGUUCAUGACGGUGGCCCUCAGCGCGCCCUUCUCCAGCUGGUGCAGCGCGUGGAUGGUGGUGCCUCCGGGCGUGCAGACAUCUCCUCGCAGCUUGGCAUGGGUGCUUACGUAGGCCACCCCACUGCCACUGAGGCCAGUGUGGAUGUUGAUGUAGGAUUCGGGGACCUCUUCACAGAGCCCACAGGAAGACAGCAAGUUCUUCAGCAGGGCAGCUUCUCCAUCACCAGCAUCGCUGCCCCGAGCAAAGACCACGGCCCCUGCCUGCACCACGCACGGGAGGAGAAAGAGGAAGAGGAGGUCAAGGAGGACAAUGUGGAGAAGGAGGAAAAGAGGGAUAAGGAGGAGGAAAGAGAGGAGAAGGAGGAAAAGCAGGAUAAAGAAAAUGGAAAAGGAGAAGGCUCACCCUCUGCAGUGACGGAUUUCCUGCAGGACACCUGGCAGGAUAUGGGGUUUGGUGGCCAGGAAGACCAAGGUGGUUUCCUGAAGCACUUCCAGGUUGCAGUGUGUGGUCCGGCAGCCUGA